AUCACAAACUCGGUUGCUACUCAUAGGUGUGUCCUCGGAGCGUAGAUAGCUAGAAUCUAGCUGUACUGUUGUGAACAUGACAACAUGCACAGCAGCAAGACUCAGUGAUAAAAAGUGAACUCACAUCAUUACGAGGAAAAAGAUACAAAAACCGAAAAGCUGGGCUUCAUAAACUUGUAACUGCCGAAGCCAUCGCUGUAUUUUUCCAAACGAAAAAGUUGUUCUCACAAAAGGGCUGAAGUAGCUAAUGCAAACUGAGCGCAGUUGAUUGGACGGGAUUAACAAGAAAAGAUUGGGAGGAAGCAAAUAUGAACUGAAUUGAGUUGCAGUCGCUGGGAUUAUUUUCCACAUUUCUCCAUUCUCUUGGAAAUAACAGAAGAAACUGACAGCACGCCCACAAUGCACACCGUCAUGGCUGCGGCCAGCACUACCAAGACAUCCUGGAGGCUCCAGGAGAUGGUAGCUCACAGUAGUGACGUGUCAUCCCUGGCUCUGGGGAAGACCUCGGGUCGCCUGCUGGCCACAGGAGGAGAGGACUGCAGAGUCAACAUCUGGGCUGUCAACAAACCCAACUGUAUCAUGAGUUUAACCGGUCACACUAACCCAGUAGAAUGCAUCCAGUUCAGCAGCUCUGAGGAGCAGGUGGUGGCAGGGUCCCAGUCUGGAUCUCUGCGUGUGUGGGACCUGGAGGCGGCGAAGAUCUUGCGUACUCUGAUGGGACACAAGGCCAAUAUCUGUAGUCUGGACUUUAACCCAUUUGGAGAGUUCCUGGCCUCUGGGUCCAUGGAUACUAAUAUAAAGCUGUGGGAUGUGAGGAGAAAAGGUUGUGUUUUCAGAUAUAAGGGUCACACUCAGGCCGUCCGCUGUCUGGCCUUCAGCCCUGAUGGGAAGUGGCUUGCAUCUGCUAGUGACGACGCCACUAUAAAGCUAUGGGACCUGCAAGCGGGAAAAAUGAUCACAGAAUUCACCUCCCAUACAGCAGCAGUCAACAUUGUUCAGUUCCACCCUAAUGAGUAUCUGCUGGCCUCAGGUAGCGCAGACAGGACCAUUAAACUGUGGGAUCUGGAAAAGUUUAAGAUGAUUGGCUCAUCGGAGGGAGAAACCGGAGCUGUCAGGUGUGUAGCGUUCAGUCCUGAUGGGGGCUGCCUAUUCAGUGGCUCUGUGGACACGCUGCGGGUGUACGGCUGGGAGCCCGACCGCUGCUUUGAUGUGGUGCCAGUGGGAUGGGGCAAGGUGGCAGACCUUGCCAUCUGCAACAACCAGCUGAUUGGUGUGUCAAGCAGUCAGUGCACAGUGAGCUCAUACGUUGUGGAUCUGAACAGGGUCAAGCGGUCCGGCUCUGUGAUCCAGGGCGUGAUCCAGGAUAACAAGCCACUAGCAGAGCCGCCAUCUAAAGGAGCAACGAUUCGGCGCAACUAUGAGCGCCCAAUCACCUCCUGUACUGGACAGAGAAUGAAGCAGAACUCUGAGUCGGACAGGCGGAGUCCAGAGGGCGAGCAUCGCAGCCCCAGCAGUGAGGAUGAGCGAGAGGAGAAGGAGAGCAGCGCAGAGAUCACCAACCCCGACGACUACAAAGAGAUCUUCCAGCCACGCAGCGCCAUCUCUCGGACACCUCCCAAAAGAACUGAACCUUUUCCAGCCCCACUAGACGAUGCUGAAAGUUUCCCAGUGAAGCCUAAUCAGAUCGACAUCGUGACCCCAGUAUCUGAUAGAGCAGCACCUUUUAACCUAAAAGCCCAGCCAAUAGCAACCUCCACGCCUGUCCUAAGGGUGGAGCCAACUAUAGUAGCCACUGCUCCACGCUCUGUUCCUGUGGUGACGUCGUCUGUUGCCCCCGCAAACCGACCCACUGUUACCACGGCGAAGACGAGGCAGCAGCCAGCUGUAAUCAUGUCCUCUCGGAACAAACCAAUUGGACUCAAUGUGGGAGACUUUCUGCCGCCUGGUGGGAUGACCGACGAGGAGGCUUUGGGUCAGAUUAAGAAAGGUCACGACACAAUGUGUGUGAUGUUGUCCAGUCGCUGCAAGAACCUCAACACUGUCCGAGCGGUGUGGGGCAGUGGAGACAUCAAGACAUCCCUCGACUCUGCUGUGUCAAUAAAGGAUCUCUCAAUAGUGGUGGACAUUCUCAACAUUGUCAACCUCAAACCGUCGCUAUGGAAACUGGACCUGUGCACAUCCAUCCUGCCUCAGAUUGAAGUGCUGCUGCAAAGCAAAUAUGAGAGUUAUGUGCAGACAGGAUGUGUCUCCCUGAAACUGAUUCUGAAGCGCUUCUGGCCUCUAAUCUCGGACACACUCACAGCACCGCCCUCGGUGGGAGUGGACAUCACACGGGAGGAAAGGCAUCGGAAGUGUAAGGCAUGCUACAAGCAGCUGCUGAACCUCCAUAAAGUUGUGAAGAAUCAAGCGAAGCAAGUGGGUCGCCAUGGUAGCACUUUUACAGAACUCCAACUACUGAUGGCUCCUCUGGACAACUGACUUGCACGUGCAAACACACACACACACACACACACACACACACACACACACACACACACACACACACAGUAUUUCUGAACACUAAGUGUAUACCUUUUCACAUUCCCUUUCUUCUUGGCUUUCACACAUAAACACUUACAGCCUAAAUAUGGCUGAGAUUUGAAAAGCCCAUAGUGGGCAUAGACAGGGAGAGGCACAUGAAAGCGCUGCACUUAACAGGUGGUUGGUAUGUAUGUGGUGAGUGACUAAGCGUAUAGCUCUAGUUGACCUUAAGAGAGGGAAAUGUCCUCUUUUGAUUGUACAGUAGUUUUGUUGGACUUUCUUUUACUUCUGAAUUCUAUUUCUCAACUUGAUUUCUAUUUCUUUUUUUCUACUUGAACCAUUGCUCACCAAUGAGAAGAAUUUAUUGUCAAGACAAUAAACUAAAUCCUUUGUAAAA